AUGGGUUGUGACACAGAGAAGAGGAACACCCAUAACUGGAGACUGUAUCAUUUGCUUGAUCUAGAGCCACCGGUGACGGCCAAACAGGUGCAAUGGACUUUUCGAAAAGUAACAUUGCGUCAUCAUUUUUAUCAAGCUUAUCUUGUACUUUGUGAUUCAGAUCGUAAGAGUCUCUAUGAUAUUCUUGGUGAAGAUGCAGUUGGAUUCAUCCACAGUGGAAACUGGGGUCCGCUCAUUCUAUUACUAGGUGCAAAAGGGGCUAUUGCAUGUUACUCCGCUUCUAUGCUUUUGGCUCUUAUUUUGAUGAUAUUAUUUUUUGCUUUUUUGGGCGCUCGCGUUGAUGAUGUCAUUACAUGGUCAUGGAUGCGUGUUGUUGCCCCGCUUUUUGUACUUGCAGUUCUUACAGUAAUUGUCACUGGUGUAGCUACGGUUGUAAGUUUCUGUAUGAAGGCCCCACGAGAGGAGGGUAUGCAAUGGAUUGAACGAGCUCCUGCUAUUGGAAAUUUAAUUUCAGCUAUCCUUUAUACAGUUUUUGCCUUUGCUAUUGCAGCAAAAGUGGAUGAUGAUCCAACAAAUGAAUCCAGAACAUUUGUGAAUUAUUUCAUUAUUAUUAUUAUAGCUGAUGUGAUAUAUUACUUAUCAUCUUUGGUAUGGCGUUGGCCUCGUCGAAUACGCUUGCAAAUGAAGGUGGAUUUAAACCGUCCCAGUAGAUUUCUAUGUUAUGGAUUUUUUCUAUUAGCAAUUGUAUAUAUUGUGUUAUCGGUUAUUCAAUGGGUUUUUAUUGGAAAAAAGAUAGACGAAAAAACGGAGAUGUCUUGGUACGCUGUGUUUUCCCCAUUUGCCUUUCGUGCAGCUUUUCGUGUACUUGAGGCGUUUAUGCGGAGUAUGGUAUUACGCACUAUUGGGAUAAAGAGUGCCUGUGGUGUGGCCUUUGAUACCCUUGGGGCAUUCCUUUUCAAUGGUGGAUUGCUUACAUCCCUUUAUUUCGUCGCUGUACGUAUUACACGUGGGAAGGAUACGGCUCGUAUGGCCUACGCUCUUAUUCCUGUUUAUGUUACUCUUGGAUAUCUCUUUUUGGCCACGAUCUUUACUGCUAUUUAUCUUGCCCGUAAGAAUACCAAUAACGCUCGAGAGGAGCGACUCAACAACUUAAAAUGGACCCCAACAGAACCCUCACCGGGAGAAGGAAAUGUACCAUUUUUCUUACAUGAUCAGCAGAAGGAUGUAGAUUGGGACGCCAUAGAUGAUGAUGAGUCUUCUUCCGUAUUUCCCGCAGAGGAUGAUUCUGAAGGUCAUGAUAUUCGUGAUAACAGUGACACCGAAGACUCGGGAGACUAUGAUGAUUUUGACAGUGAUGAAGAGGAGGAGCUCUUUGGUGAUAUUCCCGUUGAGCCCAAUCCAAAUACAUCAUCCUCUCAACAAAAACAAGCACCGUACCCCGCACGGCGCACUCCCUACGGCGUAACAGCUCCACCAGACGAUGAUGACACGGCAGGACCAUACCCGUCCAGCCACACGCCAAGCUCAGAGAGUCUCUCAACAGGACGUCCACCAUCACAGAAACAUCAUGUCUAUCACGACCCAUACGAUCCAAAGACAGAUGCCGCACCGGCUACAUUAUUUACGGGCGGUAGCAACGCUGUCGAGGCAGAGAGUGAGUCCAGCAGCAGCUUUCCUUCAGAGGAAGAUGAGGAAAUGGGAGAUUUUGAAACCGACGAGGAUGACCGCGUGGGUACCGAAAAUUCCUCCUCAGCUUCUAGUGCAUAUUUCACCCCAAGCGUUAGCACAACGAGGCGGUGA